CUGUCAUUCGCGGACCAAAAACCUGACUGGACAUUAUUACCUUUAUUUCAACAGAUAUCCGUGUAGCGUAUAACUGUUUUAUCUUAUAUUGCGGGGGUUUAAUUCUGGGACUUACUUAAUAUACCCAGGAACAAGUUUACUUGUGCGACUUGUAAAGAGUUUUAUUACCAAGAGAAGUCCCGACGCGCUUGGUCUUGCUAAAAUAUACGAGGACGCGUUGGUAGAUCCUUUUUACUACAGCUUUGCGUUCAUUUUUAAUUUUGUUUAUUCGUUUGACCCAGUUUUUAUUCAUUCGUUGGUCGCUUUCUAACGGGAUUUAAACGCUAGCUAGUCAGUAAACUAGCUGAAUCCAGUAAAAAUGGGUUUACACCCGUUGGAGUUCAGUGAGUGUUACCUGGACAGUCCUGCUUUCAGAGACAAAAUCAAAGCUCAUGAAGCAGAGCUGGACAAAACCGGCAGAUUUAUCAAAGAGCUAUAUAAGGAUGGAAAGAAUCUCAUCAAUGCCACAAAACAGCUUUCAUUGGCCCAGAAGAAGUUUGCUCAGUGCCUGGGCGAGUUCAAAUUUGAAUACAUCGGCGAUGCCAAAACUGAUGAUGAGAAGUGCAUUGAUGAAUCCUUGCAAGAGUUCUCAUCCUUUCUCAGAAACUUGGAAGAUCCAAGAGAGCUGAUGAUGAGAAACAUCACAGAGACACUGAUGAAGCCUUUAGAAAAGUUUCGGAAAGAGCAGCUCGGCUCAGCAAAGGCAGAGAGAAAGAGGUACGAGAAGGAAACAGAGAAGUACUACAGCUCGCUAGAGAAACUUUUGAACAUGUCAGCAAAGAAGAAGGAGCCACAAUUACAGGAGGCAGACGUGUCGGUGGAGGCGAUGAGACAGCACUUUCAGGAGACGUCUCUGGAGUACGUUUGCAAGCUGCAGGAGAUACAGGAGAGGAAGAAGUUUGAGUGUGUUGAGCCUAUGCUGGCAUUCUUUCAGACUGUAUUUACUUUCUAUCAUCAGGGAUAUGAGUUGGCCAAAGAUUUUGACCAUUACAAAAAGGCCCUUCAAAUCAAUAUUCAAAAUACUCGGAGUCGUUUUGAGGGCACACGCUCUGAGGUGUACGAGUUAUUGAAGAGAAUCAAAGAGUCGCCACAGGAGUACAGACAGACCAGCCCCAUCAGCAGCGAGGGCUAUCUUUACAUGCAGGAGAAACGACCUCCUCCUUUUGGAUCCAGCUGGGUGAAACGCUAUUGCACGUUUGUGAAAGAACAAAAAAUUCUACACAUGAAAACGUUUGACCAGAGAUCAGGCGGGAAGCUUGGUGAGACGGACUCUGUUACAAUGAAGUCUUGUGUCCGCAAAACCACAGACACACUUGACAGGAGGUUCUGCCUAGACAUAGAGAUCACAGAUCGACCAGGCACAGUGCUGACAGUCCAGGCAAUCUCAGAAGAUGACCACAGAUUCUGGAUGCAUGCGAUGGGAGGAAAGGAGCCGAUGCAGUAUCUCAACCGGACACAUUCAAGAGAAAGAGGAAUUGACGCCCAGUUGGAUGAUGUGGGAACAAGCUUUGUGAAAAAUUCAAUAAACGCCAUUGAAGCCAGAGGUAUUAAUGAUCAGGGUCUGUACAGAGUGGUUGGAGUCAGUUCAAAAGUACAGAAGCUUGUCAGUUUUAUGAUUGAUGAGAAGAGCAAUGAAAUAGAUUUAGCAACCUGUGAGGAUUGGGAUGUUAAAACCAUCACCAGUGCUUUAAAGCUUUACCUGAGGAGCCUUCCAGAGCCACUAAUGACAUACGAGCUGUAUAAGGAGUUCAUCGUCCCUGCAAAGAGCGCUAGUCCAGAAUCUAGAGUUCAGGCCAUUCACUGUCUGGUUCAUAAAUUGCCAGAGAGGAACAGAUUAGUGCUCAGUCUGGUAACCAAGCAUCUCGCCAAUGUUGCAGCCAACAGCAAACAAAACCUGAUGACAGUGGCAAACCUGGGUGUUGUGUUUGGCCCCACGCUCAUGAGGCCGCAGGAAGAAACGGUUGCAGCCAUUAUGGACCUCAAGUUCCAGAACAUUGUGGUGGAGAUUCUCAUAGAACAGCAUGAAAAGAUAUUCGGGGAUGCUCCGAGCAGCUCUCCAAGCUUAGCAACUACACCCCUCUCUGCGCCAACCAGACAGUCCAAGAGGCUCAGCCGCCAGAAUCGCCCGCUGGCUGUGUACAACCCGCAGGUGCUGGAUAUUCAAACAGUCUCUCCUUCCUUUGAGAGUCCAGCCCUGGGUAAUGAUGAGACAUCAGUGGUCAGUGAUGAGUCGGUCUCCUCCCAGUCCUCGAACGCCUCUGGAACGCCCCCCGAGAAAUCCAAGAAUCAUCAUGCCACCAUUAGCACAUCCAUGCUAGAGAGCACCGGGAUAUGCUCUGCCACGGCUUCAUGGAUGAAUAAUGCUUCCCCUGCCUCACUUACACCGGUGAAACCUGGAUCAGUAGGAAAGGAAAAGAAUAAACCUGAGGAAAGUGUCACCCUCAUGAAAGCCAAGGCUGUGUACCCCUGUGAGGCUGAACACGAUUCCGAACUCUCUUUCCAGGUUGGCGCAAUCUUCCAUGACGUGACACUCUCCAGGGAGCCCGGAUGGCUGGAGGGUGUGCUGGAGGGAAAGCGAGGACUCAUCCCUGAAAACUAUGUGGAGAUACUGUAACUCCGAAAAGAAAAACCCUCUUACUUCUCUAUACAUGGUAUCCAUGGUCCCGGCGGCUCUUUCACAAUGGCACUGCUUGUCGCUCCUCCAUCCUUCUUCACACUAAAGACAUUGAGAGAGUAUAUACUGUAUCCCAAAACACAGAUGUUGCUAGCACAAGAGUUAAGUUCAAGUAUAAGCUAAGAAGUGCUAUAUACAUAUAAAGAGCCUGCACUUUUAAAGUUUGGAAAUGUAAAUAUAGUUUUGCCUGGGAGAGUAUUCGUACAUCAUUGUGACCGUUUGUGUUGUCUUCUUUUAAAAUGCAUGUCUCAUGAUUUUAGUAAAGUAGUUUGAGUUGUUCUGCAUUAGUUUACUCAAUACUCAAAGAUACCUUGAAUAUCUUUUCUAUUUAAUAUUAUCAAGUUGUUUUUUUGGGACAUGUGUAUAGUGGUAAAUAUGAGGAAACGUGUCGCGUUAUAAAAGUGCAGUGAUCAUUAUCACUUUUGAAAUAAACAGUUUGGCUUCUUGGAACACUUACUAGACAAAACUAUUGAAUAUUGAAAUUGAUAUGUGAUAUAUGCGUUCGCAUCGAAGUGCCUUAAAUGUAUGCAUGACGUGUGACUCUGUUUUAACAACUCGAACAGAGCAACCUUUUUUUGCUAUUCUGUACAUAGGUUAUAUUGUUAUGUUGAAGAGCAGAGACCGGUAAAUAAAUAAAAAUAACCCAUACAAUGACUUCAAAUUAAAUAUUGCCAAGACUUACAUCGGUGUUGUGUUCAUAGAUUUAUGUUUGUUCAAGGACACUUAAAAGCAAAGCACUUUCCCUCUUUUAAGUGGUUAAAAGUUUUAAAGACAUCACUCACACAAAGACCUUUAAAAUGGCAGGACUUCACUGAUGUUUAAUGAGACCAUUUUCAUUUUUCUAAGAGCCUUUGUUCCAAGGGUUCAUUUUUGUGACUGAUUGUAACGGCGGUUAUUUAAGACAGUGAUUUAUGACCUCUGCAAAGGUCUUGGCAUUGAUGUAAUUUUUGUGAUGUGGACUCUCUUGUUGAUCAAUGUUAAAUAAAUAAAGUGUUUUAUUCUUA